CGCUCGGCGCGCACCCCAGGCGCAAAAAAGAUCGCUGGUCUCUGGCCCCUGGGAUGCCAUUAAACUGUUUUCAGGAAUUGCUUCGCCGCGACUUUGAUUUGCAGAACCGCUAUUCGACAAUCAGAUGCCCAUCCUGACCGCGGACAGUCAGGGGUCGACGGACAAUUGGGCCAUGGCCAUGCAAAAAUCCCCCCGUUCUCGGACUGCCGUCCUGUGCAGCAUGACUGCUUCUUGUCCAACCACCCUGCGCUCCCGUGCUCUCCAUGAUUCUCCAUGAUCGCCAUGGUCCCCUUCGAUCUUUUUCCUCCUCUUCUCUCUUCUUUUUUCUUUGUCCGUUUCUCCCAUUCACAGGUAGAGCAGCGCUGAAGCUCGUCGCACUCGCAGUCGCUCUGCUGGCCACCAAGGUCCUAGGUAUAUAGCUGUCUUACUCACUGAUCCCUCCACGGUGCAAUUCAAUCUUCGGGAUUGACGGCGCGACAACAUGUUCGGCUUCGCUUCAAAACACGACGAGAAUGAGACCGUGUCGCCUGCGGUUUCGGUCGACAAUGAAGCUGGUCUUGAGAACAAGUCCAGCUCCCCGGACAAUGGCGCCCAUGUCGAGUUCGGCGGGCAGAACGUCGAAUGCCCACCGCACACGACCGAGAGGAAGCUCAUGACGAAGAUCGAUUUCCGAGUGAUUCCCUUCCUCUGUGUUCUCUACCUCCUCGCCUUCCUCGACCGAGUCAAUAUUGGCAAUGCGCGCUCCUUCGGCCUGGUCAAGGACCUGAAACUGAAGGAUGUAGAAUACAAUACCGCCCUCACCAUGUUCUUCGUUCCAUACAUCGUCUGCGAGAUCCCCUCCAACAUCCUCCUCAAGAGACUCAGUCCCCGGGUCUGGCUUUCCGGGUGCAUGUUCCUGUUUGGCGUGGUCAUGGUCUGUCAGGGUCUGGUCCAGAACUAUUCCGGUCUCCUCGCAACUCGAUUCUUCCUGGGCAUGUUCGAGUCGGGCAUGUUCCCGGGCUGCUUUUAUCUGAUUGGCAUGUGGUACAAGCGCUCCGAAGCUCAGCGCCGGUACUCCUUCUUCUUUAGCAGCACCACUUUCGCGGGCGGCUUUGGCGGUCUCCUGGCAGCCGCAAUCGGGAAGAUGGAUGGUGACCGAGGCUACUCGGGAUGGAGGUGGAUCUUCAUCAUCGAGGGUACCUUUACGGCUGUUGUAGCCCUCGCCUUCUUCUUCCUCCUCCCCUCUUUCCCCGAGGAGGCCACAUGGCUCAGCCAGGAGGAGAAAGACUACGUCAAGGCUCGUCUGCAAGUUGACCAAGGCAAUUCAGCUGCGGAGCGCAAGAUCACGCUUCGAGAUGUCGGCCGGGUUUUCAAGGACUACAAGGUCAUCGUCGGAGGAUUCAUGUACUUCGGGAUGAUUGUUCCCGCGUAUGGCUUCGCCUUCUUCGCGCCAACCAUCUUGUCAACGUACAAGUGGUCUCCCAUCCAAACGCAACUCCACAGCGUACCUCCGUGGGCGUGCGCCUUCGCCUUCGCCAUGAUCAUCAGUUUCUGCUCCGACUACACACGGCACCGCUUCAUCUUCACGCUGAUCCCCAUCGCCGUAGCCAUCGCCGGUUUCGGCAUCCUGAUCGCGGUGCACGACAACCGGGGCGUUGAGUACGCGGGGCUCUUCCUCGUGGCCAUGGGUGCGUACUCGGCCAUGCCCGUCAUCGUCUGCUGGUUCAACAUGAAUCUGGGCGGGCACCAUCGGCGCUCCGUCGGCAGCGCGUGGCAGGUCGGCUUCGGCAACAUCGGCGGCAUCAUCGCUACCUAUGCCUUCCUGCAGACGGACGCGCCCUAUUAUAAGAAGGGCUACAGCAUCUGUAUUGCGUUCCUAUGCUUGGCCUUCGCGAGCUGUUGCGUGUAUGCCUUUGCGGUGGAUAGGGCGAAUCGACAGAGGGAUAAGAUGCCGAGAGAUGUGGGGUUGACGGAGUACGAAAAGACGGAAUUAGGCGAUAUGAGCCCGGAUUAUCGGUAUCUUCUUUAG